AUGCUGUGUUCAGUGCCCAGCCCUACUGUUGGAGAUUUGUCUUUGAGCUGUUUCCUUUGUUCAGCGUUCUUGUCCAUGCACAUGAAGGUCCGAGCUGAGCCCUCAGAACGAGACAGACGGGAGCAAACGCCAGCGGAGUCGAAAGUCCUCGACCAUUCGCCUCCCGUAUGCCAGGCUGAUUUCAACAAAAACACAACCCUUCCCAUGGGCAACAGCAACAGCAAAGAACAGAAGAAAGUCGAGAACGAGGCCAAAGCUCUCGUUGCGCUUGGUCGUAAGCUCUACCCCCUUCCACAGCCCGAAGAUGGAAUCGAAAUCACUAGGAAAAUCUAUGGGCUCUUAGCGAUGCUGGAGAGUAACCUCAGACAGAAGAAGGACUACAGGAACAUAGAAAAGUUAUGCGACCAGCUACGCAAACUUUUGGAAGACCAUGAGUGGAGAUACGCCUAG